AUCAGUUAUCGCAAAAUGUUCAUAAAAUACACUGUGCUCUGGACACUUUCGGGCCUACUUUCUUUCGUUGGAGCUUUUCAAGUGAUACCAGCGAUUGAAGAUGGAGUACCAGAUUACCUGAACAUUACAACAGCUCCAUUCGUUAAGAUCGGCCAUGGCUAUUAUUACAUUGAAACCAAAACGGCAAGAAACUGGUUUGAUGCAACCGAAUCUUGCCAUCGAAUGGACGCCUAUCUAGUAGCUUUUGAGACCAUUGAAGAAUGGGAUUUGGUAAAUCAGUAUCUGUUUAAGAAUGGUAUAGAUAACGUGUACUGGACUUCAGGUGCCGAUUUGGCAAAUCGGGGAAAACAUGACUGGUUUUCAACUGGUCAACCAUUAACUUUAAAUAUCUGGUAUCCGGGAGAACCAAAUAAUCUAAAUGGGAUCGAGCAUUGUGACGCGCUGGGGGACCGAAGGUCUGCAACCAAUUAUAAUGUGUUAAACGACAUGAACUGUGAAUCAGCCAAACUCUACAUAUGUGAAAGAUUAUAUCCAAAGACAGCCUCGUUUGUUAUUUGGUAAUCGUGUUAAAGAUAAUAAACAAAUAUUGAAUCAAAA